AUGACACAGCGACCUAUCGAAAAAAGCAUCCAAGCUACAUAUCAACCAGCAUCGCUGCAAUCCUUCUCCGACACUUCCGAGCUUCUUGCCCGUCUCAUUGGCGAAUCUCCACAGCUCCGCCAGCUCUACUACCAGCGUCUAUGCCGAAUCAACGAACUCCCCAUCGAAAUUCUUUCCAACAUAUUCAAGUUUGCGUUUAGCUCACUUGAACAUCCCCACGAAACUGUGGUCAGUCGCCUUGCGCUCACCUGGGUAUGCAGGAGGUGGAGACAUGUUAUGCUCGAGGACAUGGCAGUCUGGUCUUCGAUAUGGAUCCGCGACGCACCCCCUCACGAGCGUUCUCUGGCGUGGCUCGACAGAGCCGGUACUGCGCCACUCGAUAUUCGCAUCGAUUGGAAAGUAAGAGGGGACGAUGAACUUGUUACGCACAGGAUAGAGGCUUUAUUGGACCAGCUGUUCAUCAAGCUUUCGCAAAUCCGGACCCUCAUCAUUAUCCUUGACAAUUGGCCUUCAGCAUUGACUACCCUCCAGAAGCUAGACGUGGCAGGCAAAUCGGGUCAAAAGAUCACGUUGGAACGAUUUGAGCUGCACCGGUCAGGAAAUCCGUAUGUCUGGAUCGAUACCCAGAGUCAAGCUUGGACUCCGAACAUGCUUCUCGGCGGUCAAACCUCCGCGCUUACUUACUUUUGUAUGAAUGGGAUACCCAUCGACUGGAACCGAACGCCAAUUUAUAAUCUCACCACUCUUGAUCUCCGCCGGCUUGCCAUGGAGUCACUACCUUCUCUCAAGCGAUUCAGGCAGAUUUUACUGGAUUGCCCUCGCCUUUACAAGCUGAGUCUCGAUGGUGCAGGACCUGCUCUAGAGGUCAAUGCACCUCGCUUCGAUCCCAUUGUGCUUCCUCACCUUGAAGUCCUGGUACUUGGUAACUUCAGCCUAUACUUCGCUUCCUAUGUCGUACCACAAUUCCUCGCUCCCAACGUUCGCGACCUGACGCUCAUGAAUCUUUCGGGAGAGAAUUACUCACCCCUCUUUGACAUGAUGGUGUCGAGGUUCCCCAAGACCCGAGUAUUGACGUUAUAUGGAGUUGACAUUGGCCGUGGGAUAUCUCCGCAACGUACCCUAGUUCGCUUCCUGGCUUCUAUGCCCCAGGUUGGUUACUUGAGGAUUGCCAACUUAGAUCCAAACUUUCUCGACAUACUGUCCGACGAUCCUUCCGAGAUCAUGAACCCUGCAGAGUUAUCUAGCCUUUUCCCUGGAGGAAACUGUAUUUUAUACCCAAAUCUGUGCGUUCUGGAGUUUCAAGUCAUGGCGAUACCGGAUAUCAUACAGUUCGUGAGGAUGAGGCGGGAGAUGAAAGUGCCAAUCGACAAGAUCUACGUGAGCCCUAUAUGGUGCAGCAAUAUCACUGCAGAGGAGUGUGCAGUCCUUUCUUCGGAAGCACAGGUAUCCGUAGCGCCUCUAGGAUCGAGGACUUUGGAAGAGGAGCUUCUAAUGGGUGACGAUUAA